AUGUCAAAUAAAGUCUUCCAGGGUCGUCAAGCAGACCAGUCACAGCAACCUCCACUGGACAACAUAACACAAGAAGACAAAUACCCAUCUGAAAAUACGACUUUCUCAGAGAAAACGUUUAACACAGGAAAGGAAAUCAGCACAUGUAAAUCUAAAUGGUCAUGUUGUGGAGAGAAUUGUUAUCAUUUUUCACAUGAACUGAUGACAUUUGAAGAGAGUAAGAAAUUCUGCAAGGCAAUGAACUCCAAACUUCUUAAAAUAGAAGAUAAAGAAGAACUGAACUUCAUUCAAAGCCAAAUAUCUUACUUCUUUUGGAUUGGAUUGGUCCGUAAAGAAAUCAGCGCUCUCUGGACUUGGGAAGAUAACUCAGCACCCUCUCUUGAUGUUUUUACUUCAAGCGGUUGGAAAGCAUCAAAGCCUGGAGAUUGUGGAAUUAUAACAGCAAAAACGAUAGCGCCUUCUGACUGUUUAAAACGCAGGCCGUGUAUUUGUGAGAAGAAAAUUGCUCGUCUUGCUACCUGAGAACAAGAGCAACAACAACAACAACAAAAAACACUCAAUUGUGUUUUCUUAUGAGACUAGGAAGUUAGAGAGUCUCUCUCUCAUCUCAGAGGAUGUUUGCUUUUUUUUUUUUUCCAAAUGGGCUGUACUUAUAUUCUAAACUCUGAUGGAGAUGAGGCUGAAAUAUAAGAUGCAGCAGACCUACCACUUCUGCCCCUCUUGCAUCUAGACUGCUUCAUGAUACCAGUUAG